CCACGGUUAUUUGUUUUUGCAGUCUAUAAAAGAAUUGGACAUCCUAUCAUCGUGGUCUGUCUAUCAGUGACUGCAGCAGUGUUGUGUUGUGUACCAACUGUUCCACCAAGAAAGAACAAUGCAGUUAAGUACUUUGGUAGUGCUCGCAUGUUUGGUAGCGGCCGUGUAUGCGCAAGCACAGGAACAGUCACCAGCAGUGGACGCACUACAGCUUCCGGCUGCUGAAGACGUCUACGAAUCUGCCUAUGAUACACCAGUACACGACAGGAGCCCCAGGACGAAACGGAAGGCUUUACUGCUUUUGAAAAAGAAGCUGUUACUUGGGGCUCUGGGAUUGAAGGCAGCUAAAAUAGGAGCAGUGGGCGCUGGAGUUGGUGCACUAGCCCUUAAAAAAGCAAAGUCGGUACCACAAACACCUAAAGUCACCGUAACCUACACGGACAGACAAAUUUAUCACAGUCCGAAGUACGACGUUGUAGAAAUUCAUCGUUGGGGCUAAAAAAACAUAACUUUGAAGUUUUCUGGCAACGUCCGAGAAACAUCAAAAGGAUUCAAGCAGUGUAGUCAAUAUUUAAGUUGUAGCUAUUUUAAGUAAUUGAUGCUUUAAUGUGCACUUACACAGUGGUAUGCUUUUUCGUAGUAUUCGUCAAAAUGUUUGUUAUUGCCUGAAUACAAUUUCAUAUUACAAAGAGCAACAAUUGAUUUCACGUCGAACGUAAAUAAAAAAUACCUAGUCUCUAUUUUUACAAUACGUAUUAAUGUUACUUACGAUUAUAUAUUUACUUAUAUAAAAUUAAAGAUAUAAUUUUGUUACACAUAAUAUAGGUAUAUUAAGAAACACUGCUUUAUAUGUACUUCAAUGUUUUGCGUAGAUUGUAAAUAACAUAGGUAUAUUAUGUGUAAAAUCAGUAUGUUGAUUUAUGUUUUUACGUUUAUAAUAAUAAUGCCAUAACAAUAAAAAACAAAUAAAAUCAAUUUGUAAAUACAACUGCAACAGGUUAUGUACCAAUAGUGUUACUGGUGACAGUGUUUGUUAUAAUAUUUAUAACAA